AUGGCCAAGCAGCGUGUUCUACUUCUCGGUGCAACCGGCAACACUGGCGAAUCCAUCCUUAAUGGACUUCUUGAGCAUGGAGCUUAUGAAGUUCAAAUCCUUGUCAGGCCAUCCUCAGCGGAGAAGCCUGCAGUGAAGAAGAUCGCUGAGCGGGGCGUGAAAGUCGUCAUUGCAGACAUCAACGGCCCAAUCGAAGAGCUCGUCUCUAUCCAGAAAGGAAUCGAUGUGACAGUCAGUGCCAUUGACGCGCAGUCCCAACUGUCCCAGAUGAACCUCGCCACCGCGGCAAAGAAAGCGGGAGUAAAGCGCUUCGUGCCAUGCGCUUGGACCAGUGUUGCCCCGCCUGAAGGCGUCAUGAUACUCCGGGACCACAAGGAGCAAGUGUACAAUCACAUCAAGAGGCUCUACCUCCCUUACACCGUCAUUGAUGUCGGGUUCUGGCACCAAGUCUCGUUUCCCACCUCGCUUCCAUCUCGGCGGUUCGACUACGCCGCUAUGGCGCCCAGCAACGAGGUUCACGGGGACGGAGAGCGGCCAAACAUCAUUGGUGAUCUGCGUGACCUUGGCCGUUGGACGGCGAGGAUCAUUGAGGAUGAGCGCACGCUCAACAAAUACGUCUUCACGUGCAGCGAUGUCCUCAGCGAAAACCAGAUCUACUCGAUCGUGGAAGAGUUGACUGGAGAAAAGCUCGAGCGCAAUCAGAUUUCAUACGAAGAAAUAGAGGCGAAAGUAAAGGAGGCCAAGAUCAACGGCGAGAAGGAACCGGACAAUGUCAUGAACCGGGUUAUGCGUUUCAAGGCGGACUAUGACUACAGUAAGUAUUUGCGCGGCGACAACCAGCCCGAGUACGCCAAAUAUCUUGGCUACCUGGACGCUCGAGAGCUGUACCCAGAUUUCCGCCCCAUUACUUUCCGCGAGUUUGUGAAGGACCUGCUGGAGGGUAAGAUUGUGAAGCCGCACUACGACUUCUUGUGA